AUGGUGUCGGGAAGGUCCGCCGAGGUUGCCCGGCCGCCGAUCGACGACGGCAGGCGCCCGGGCUUUGGAUCGCGAGCGGCGACGGCCCGCGGCCGAGACGGCGUCGGGCCGUGGAGGUGUGCUCGCGGGUCGUCGGGUGGAUGCGUCGGAGGCGAGCGAGAGCUGCGCGGCGGUUGCGGGCUGGCUUCGGGCGGCGUCAAAUCAGGGAAUCGAGACGGAGGCGGCACCGGGUGGCACGAAUCUAGAUCCGGCGGUGGCCGAGCUCGGGGCGGAGCGGCGUCGGCAAAAGGGGAAAACGGCGUUGCAGCGAGUUCGGAUUCGGCUCCGGGCGGAGGCAACGAUGGCCGGAUCGGUGGGUUGCAAGGAGCAUCGGCGAGCGAGAUCGACGCGGCGAAGGCUAAGGCCGAGGCGUUGGAGCGAGAGACGGUGGUGUCGAUUGGGCUGAGGGGGCGUCGGUCGAGGGGGUCGCGGUGCUGCAACGGUGGUGUCCGGUCACGCGAGCGGCGACGGCGAGGUGGCGCGGAGGUGCUUCGGUGCGAGUUGCGGGAGCGGUGA